UAAUGAUGUGCUUAAAGACCACGAAUUCCAGAUGUGUAUAAGAAAUUUCUUAGAAAUUGAACAGCAGCGCUGGGUUUUAGCGCACACUCUAUGAAAAAGAGGGGAGGCCGGGGGGAAUCAAAGUCGCAAGAGGUUUUUAGUGGGUUUAUGCACUUUUCUGGUACAUAAAUAUACCCAAUGCUGCCGUCUUUGCGAUAAUAAUUAAGCCUUUUUAUUUCAGUAAUGUGGGUGUUGGUUGUGGACAUUAGCCCUUAAUUGACCACUGACCAUACUUAGAUCUCAUCCUUCCUCUCCAUUAGUGGAGUGUCCAUCUUCAGGAGCUCCCAUUUUCUAUUUUCUCACGUGGCACUUGGCCCUUGGUGGCAUGCCACGUGUCAUCUAAUGGAAUUUAUAGGCUUUAGAUAAUAAGUUUCUUUUGCCAUAUGUGUUAGAGUUGUGAUUGGCUUUGGAAAGAUUUGGAGGAUCACUUGCCAUGCCCAAAAAAAUAUUCUAAAGAUUUUAGGUUUAUCUUAAGGAGUUCAAAUAAUUUUUUGAAUUCCAAUUGACAAUUAUAUAUGAGAGUUAGCACAGAUUUUUUUUUCCUGAAUAGUCCCUGUGGCUGUGCCACAUCAAGGAAGUUCUACAUGGAAUUGCAGAGGUGAAAGGGUUAUGUAUUCAGCAGAUUAUAGCAGUGGAAGAACUACUCCUUCAAGCUAAAAGAUCUCCACUGUUCUUUACUCGUAUCAGGCGGUUCUUGCAAUCCAGAGCUGCACAGAAGAAUAAGCCGAGAGCCAAGGUUUUGUUGAUGGAUAAUAAAGAAGUGGAAAUAGAAGUAGCCAUGGAUGGAGAUGAUGAAGAUGGUUCUUUGUUGUUGCAAAGAUCAGUAAAGAAACUUCACUUUGGAAGUUGGGAAGAGAAGGAGAUGGCGGCUAUGGAAAUUGGUAGACUAGCUAAAGGAGAUGUCAAGACAAGAAAGUUGAUGGCUGAACUCGGUGUUAUUCCGGCCUUAGUAGAGUUGGUGGAUUCAGAGGUGACUGCUCGCCGGCAAGUGGCCGUUAAGGCUUUGAUUGAGCUUGCUAAUGGAACUUACACGAACAAGGCUCUUAUGGUAGAAGCUGGAAUAUUCUCAAAACUACCCAAGAAAAGAGAUGUUUCAGAGGAUUUGAUGAUGCAUGACUUUGCAGAAUUGAUCUUAUCAUUAUCUUCUUUGGCAAAUACCCAGUUCCCUCUUGCCUCAUCAGAAGUUUUGCCAUUUUUAGUUGGAAUUCUUGAAUCAAGCUCAAGUGUGGAGACCAAAGAAUCAUGUCUAGGGACUUUAAAUAACUUCUCAGCUGUGUUAGAAAAUGCAGGACCACUGAUCUCUAAUGGGGUAGUUCAAACUCUCCUGAGCCUAAUAUCAGUGAAAGAACUCUCAGAGACAGCCCUUGCAACUCUAGGACACUUAGUUGUGACCUUAAUGGGAAAGAAAGCAAUGGAAGACAAUCCAAUGGUGCCUAAGAGCUUGAUAGAGAUUCUGACAUGGGAAGAAAAACCCAAAUGCCAAGAACUAUCAGCUUAUAUUGUUAUGAUUCUGGCUCACCAUAGCUCAUCUCAGAGAGAAAAAAUGGCUAAAUCUGGAAUUGUCCCUGUACUUCUUGAAGUUGCACUGCUGGGAACUCCAUUAGCUCAAAAGAGAGCACUGAAACUUCUGCAAUGGUUCAAAGAUGAGAGACAAACAAGGAUGGGCCCACAUUCUGGUCCUCAAACAGGAAAGUUAGCAAUGGGGUCUCCUGUAAAUCCAAGAGAGACUCAAGAAGGAAAGAAAAUGAUGAAAAAUUUGGUGAAGCAAAGUCUGCAUAGGAAUAUGGAGAUGAUUACAAGGAGAGCCAAUGCUUCAGGGGAAUCUUCAAAGCUCAAGUCUUUGGUUAUCAGCACAAGUUCUAAGAGCUUGCCUUAUUAAAGAUUUUACACACAAACUGAGCAAUUUUCAAGCUUUUUUAAGGGCUUAAAUUUUUUUCAGCAAUGAACUCCUUGUGAAGAGCCAGAGAAGAUAGAUGCAUUUCUUGUGCAGAAUAGCUUAUGACAAUUGUACAUGUUCCUCAAUAAAAAUUUCUAUAAUUUCCUA